AAAUAACUUAAUUGCUUUAGACUUUAGUUCAGCUGGAGUUGAGAGGAAAGAAUCAGUGUACCUUCUUUUGGAAUUGAGCAAGAAGGUCGUGUUCUUGGUGAGGAUAGAUCCUCUGCAGAUUUGUGGAGGUCUUUAUAUUCAGACUAUAGCUGCUUCCUCUUUCCUACUCACAUUUUCCCAUAUGGUGACUUUGGAAAAUUCCUCUCCGAUUUCGUUGGGAAGUGCAGGAAACUCUCGUUGGUAGAGGGUUGCCUAUUACUCUCUCUCGUUCUGCUGCUCACAUCUGGAAAGGAUCUGGCUUGGAAAGGAGAGACUCACUCUGAGCUCAGCGCAUGUAACUGACAUGGCAUGAGCCGAGGGAGCCUGUGGGGGCAAGAGAAAUGUUCCUCUCCAUUCAUCUGAUUUCUGACAGCAAAGGGGCGAUGCCCGCCGGCGGCCGGGCCCUGCUGGCGCUGGGGCUCCUGGCGCUGGGCUGCGCCGCCGCCCGCCCGCCGCCGCCCGCCGACAACGACUUCCCUGAGGGCGCUGCUCAGCGGCGGCGGCCGCCCGGCCCGGGCCCCGCCUGCCCCCGCGACUGCGGCUGCACACAGGAGGGCGUCGUGGACUGCGGCGGCAUCGACCUGAAGGAGUUCCCGCUGCUGCUGCCCGAGCUGACCAACCACCUCUCCCUGCAGAAUAACCAGAUAGAAGAAAUCUUUCCAGAAGAGCUCGCUCGUCUUUACAGACUGGAAACUCUCAAUUUGCAAAACAACAGGCUAACUUCAAAAGGGUUACCAGAGGAAGCAUUUGAGCAUCUGGAGAACCUGAAUUACCUGUACCUGGCAAACAAUAAGCUAACAGUGGCUCCGAAAUUCCUACCAAAUACCUUGAUCAGUGCAGAUUUUGCAGCCAAUUAUCUCACCAAGAUAUAUGGGCUCACAUUUGGACAGAAACCAAACUUGAGAUCUGUAUAUCUUCAUAACAACAAACUUUCAGAUGCUGGGUUACCUGAUAAUAUGUUCAAUGGCUCUGAUAAUGUGGAGAUACUCAUCAUGUCCAGCAAUUUCUUGAAGUAUGUUCCAAAGAAUCUCCCUCCAGCACUAUAUAAAUUACACUUAAAGAACAACAAGCUAGAGAAGAUUCCCAAAGGAGCCUUCAGUGAACUUACAGGUCUGCGGGAGCUGUAUUUACAGAAUAACUACUUGACUAAUGAAGGAAUGGACAAUGAAACUUUCUGGAAAUUGUCUAGUCUCGAAUAUCUGGAUUUGUCCAGCAAUAACCUCUCACAAAUUCCAAGUGGUUUACCUCGAAACAUUGUCCUCCUCCACCUGGAGAAGAAUGCAAUUAAGGUGAUUGGCAGAGAUGUCUUGACCCAAAUUAAGAACCUGGAGUACCUUCUGCUCCACAAUAACAAGUUAAAAGCCCGAGGUAUUCAUCCCUUAGCCUUCCAAGGCUUAAAGAAGCUGCACACUGUCCACCUGUACAACAACAUGCUGGAAAGGAUUCCCAGCGGGCUGCCCCGGCGAGUGAAAACACUUAUGAUCCUUCAUAAUCAGAUCUCUGAGAUUAACAGGAACGACUUUGCCACCACUUACUUCCUUGAAGAGCUGAACCUGAGCUACAAUAAACUCAAAAGUCCCCAGAUCCAUCGGGAGGCCUUCCGUAAACUGAGGCAACUAAAGUCCUUGGAUCUUUCUGGAAACAAUCUCCACACCGUGCCCUUUGGCUUUCCAAAGAACUUGCAGAUUCUGAAGCUGAAGGAGAAUGAGAUAAGCAUUAUCCCAAAAGGGACUUUGUCUGGGAUGACAAAGCUGCGGGAACUGUAUUUGAGCAACAAUAAACUGAAAGUAAAUUCAAUUUAUUCAAGAGCGUGGAGAGAACUCAGCAGUCUCCAGUCACUAGAUAUGGCUGGCAACCAGCUGACUUCUAUCCCAUCAGACCUGCCAGAAUCUCUAGAAUAUCUGUAUCUGCAGAACAACAAGAUCACAACGGUUUCAGAGAAUGCUUUUGAAUCCACACCCAAAAUAAAGGGGAUUUACCUCAGGUUUAAUAAGAUUGCAGUUGGAGCACUGAAGGAAAGUACCUUCCAAAACCUAAAGCACUUACAGGUACUGGAUAUUGAAGGGAACCUUGAAUUCAGCAACAGUUCAAAGAAUAAAGAUGACUCAGAAGAGGAAGUGGAAGAUGAGGAAGAGGAAGAACAGCUGAGAUAAAAUGUGAAUUCACACAAUCACAUCAUGUGGGAGGAAAGCAUACGGAAAAUCACAUAUAUGUCUAUGUGUAUAUAUCUAUAUAGAUAUACAGAGAACACUUAGCAAAAUGUGCAAUGAAUUACGCAGAAACUGUCAUGGCACUGGGCCAGGCUCAUGGAAGACAGUGUGUUACAGUGCCUUAUUCAGGGAGAGACCCUGAAUGCCUUUCCAAAGCUUCCAAAUCAUCUUAUACAAGACCACGGAUCAUAAGGGAUUGCUCUGGAACUCACAAAAGCUGGCUUUUGUUUCUUCUGUUUCUCUUCCUUCACUGUUUCCAUCUGUAAUAACAAUAUGGGACUGUUUUGAACACAUGCCUUCAAAUGCUGUUUUUGUCACUGCAUCUUAAGUGAACCAUGCAUAUGCUUCUUUUCUUUUCCUCCACCUCAAAGAAGCUGUUGCUGAUCAGGCGAGACGGAUAUCAACAGUAGUUUCAUGUGUGGAGCAGUGUAUGAGGCAUUUUGGUCAUCAAGCGGCAGUAAUAAUUCUGGAUGCAACUAUUCCUCUAACAAUGUGUAUAUUUGGAUGCAAAAAAAAAAGUAAGGCUGGAUCCCAUAAUAUUUUAUCUCUACUGCCAAAGCCUGCAGUACAUGCCUGUUUUAGAAAGGUUUUAAGAUAAAACAAAUGCUGUUGUGAAUAUAUAUAAAAAAUCUGUAUGUCUGCCUUCUAGAGCUUUGGUAAGGUUUUUGUCUUGCCGUUGUUUGCCCAUGUGGGAGUUGUGUGGAUGUCUCUGAAGGUAUGUCCAGGAGAUUGAGUAACAGUAUGCAGUUUAAUAUAUGUGGUAGAAUUUUUCACAUCUUGUGUAUCAUUCACGUUAAGAGUCUGAAGUGAGACUAAUGAAGCAAAAGAGAUAAGUGAAUGUGGGGCAUCUUAAGAGAAAACAAGAGAAAUUUCUGUUUAGUUCAACUCUGGAGACAGUGCCUGCUGUCAUAUGCUCUUAAAGCCUCACAUGUUUUAUGGUGUUGAGUAUUCUCAGCUCCCGUUGGUAUCAUGGAAAAUAAAGAAACCAAGGAAAAGAAGACCUACAGAGGUACCUGGAUGGCAAGUUGCUUAUUUGAUUAAAAUGUCCUUCAUCUGAGGCAGCUAAUCUGCUUCAUGAAAUGGUCUUUUCUUUUGAGGAUUUCUGAUUGAACACGUGUUGUUUUGCAUACUGCAUUCCAGGAUUUACUUGGAAACACAGUUGGCUUAAGUUUUUUCCGUCUGGAGAAGAUCUGGUUCUGCACUCUCCUUUGGGUUCCCAUAGCACAUGACAGUAAUUUCAAUCUGAUAUUUGCUACCUUAGACAAUUCAACAUGAUCAUGAAUCAUAGAAGGAAAGAUUGCUUCCUGAAAAAAAAAAAAAAAAAAAAAUUGGCUCUAAAAAUUGCAAAACCCCCACAUUUUUGAAUUUCGGCUAUGCAAUAAAAUAGCCUUCCAACUGA